UUGAGCAAAUGAUGUCGCUAAAAGGUUGCGUCGUCGUCAUAUUCAUUUUAACAUUUAGAAAUUUAUUAUUAUGUGACGCUGAAGAAUUUAAGGGGGAAACCACUACUAUCGCAAGUAAUACUGGAAAUCAUACAAAGAAAUUUUUGUUAAAAAUGCCUUUGAAAGAUUAUCGAGAUGCAACAAAAAAUAAAGUAAAAAAGAUAAAACUCAAAGAUGGAAGAUCUGCGACUGAACAUGACAUCGGAAGCAUGGAUGGAUACGUGCUAUCGAUGGUUAGACUGGCCUCUGAACUUCCAACUAAGAAGUGCCCGGUCUUACUGGUCCACGGAAUGUUUCAGUCUUCCGACAGAUUUCUCAAUCAGGACAAGAGUCAGUCUCUAGCCUACUCACUUGAUGAUCUAGGAUACGAUGUGUGGUUAUUUAACGCACGCGGCAAUAAAUAUUGCCAAUCGCACGUCGCUUAUGCACCGCAUGAGCAAAAAUCCGAAUUUAACAAUUAUUCUUAUGAAGAAAUCGGCUGUUUCGACCUUGCUGCUGCUGUGGAUUAUAUUCUUUCAAAGACCACAUUUAAGAAGAUACAUUAUAUUGGCCAUUCGUUGGGAGGAACUUUCUUUUUGGUUCUGAAUUCCUUGGUGACCGACUACAACGAAAAAUUUGACAGGGCGUUUUUAAUGGCUCCACUAGGGUAUCACACAACAAUUACUAACACGAAUCUCCAGAAAGAGUUGAACGAUCCUACAUCGUUACAUGAAGCACUAAUAAAAGUAGACACGUUCGAAAUAUUCCCAUAUGAAGCUUACGUGCCAAACCAGGAUAUGGUCCCCGAUAACUGCCUCGGAGGAAAAACAUGGGAAACAAUUUGUAACGAAUUACAAAUUCAGAAAAUCAUGGGUAUAAAAUCAUCCAACAAUACAAUAGCUGAGACGAGAGGUGGCUCUACCAAGAUAUUAAUUCACUGGGCACAAAAUAUAAAGAAUAAAAAAUUUCAUCGCUGGGAUUUUGGGGAAGCAAAAAAUGUAGAAGAGUACGAUGGUAAAGAUCCUCCAGAAUAUCCGUUAAAUGCUAUCACUGUUCGAACUAAAAUUAUCUACUCGCCGGACGAUAACAUGGUGAAAGACACGGAUAUUCGAGCGUUGGCUAAGCAAAUGAAGAAUGCUACAACCAGGAAAGUGAAAAGGGCCAAUUUUAAACACGAUGAUUUUAUUGAUGGUGAAUAUAUCAUGGAAGACGUCUAUAGCGGCAUUUUAAAAGAUUUAGAGUACCCAAAGCCUCUUGUUAGGCGGGUUAAUGGGACUAACACAAAUGAAACGGAAAGUAAGCCUGCGAGUUUAACUGAUAUACCUUGGUCUGCGCUACUCUCUUUGGUCGGGAUCUUACUGUUCAUAUUCAUAAGCAUAAUAAGUUGUUGUUGUAAGAAGAAAGAUGCCAAUGGAGCUUGUGCUACUAACGCAGGCCAACCAGCGAACGCAUAAAAUAUAA